AGAACGAAGGAAAGUCCGAUUGCACGCAGGCUAUUUGGAUGCGUAACUAUCCCUUCUCGUGCCACGAUUUCGUGACAUGUUCGAGCGGUCAUGCGGAGGAGACUGCGAACGAAUGUAGACAUGGCGGUCGCAACAGCCAUUUUUCAUCGUAGAAGUAUUGACUUAUUUAAAGCUCUAGUAAUUCGCUUCUCAAAAAAGCAAAUUUGUACCACCGUUGGUGGCGACGCGGAUAAAGCGAUAGAAAGAAGGUCUGAUGGCUUAGGAACCGAUUCACACGUAAAAGAGCUUGAUUUGGUCCUUACAUGUUUACGGGUGGAUCGUGUUGCAGCUAGUGGCUUUGGUAUUGGAAGAAUCAAAAUACAAAACCUCAUUGCUGCCAAAGAGUUGUUUGUCAAUAAACUCAAUCCAUGCAAGUCUGACUUAGUUAACAUGGGAGAUGAAAUUGAUCUCACAAGAUAUAAAGAGUAUUACAAAGUGGUUAUGUCACGGUUCAAGGUGUCAAUAAUCCAUAAAGAUCUUACCAAGAAAGCAAAACGACGCCUUGUUGGAGUGCGGUAUGGCAGAAUUAUAAUAUCAAGAGAAGAGUAUGACAGAGAUUAUCCUCAUCAAACUGGCCAUGCCUCAUACGUAUGGUGACAUUCUCUCAGAUUUCUCUAAAAUCAUGAGGUUAAGGAAUGGUGUCUGAAAAUUUAACCUUAGUCAAAACCUCUUUGGGUUAUCACGUGCGCUAUUACACUUUUUUUUGACAAUCUUUCUGGAGACAGCUGUAGAUAUAAGGUGUUAUGCAAGUUACUUUUAGUGCUGACUAUCAACAGUAUCAUGACAUGAUCACCAAAGGGACUAUUGUGAUAUCAGUCCUUCGCUGUGGGGGUAAGGGGAGGGUCCUGCACACUUUCACGUGCAUUAAAGAGUAGAAAUAACCAUCACAAAGUUGUAUAUUUUAAAUAACUUUAAGGUUCACAUAUCGUGAAGAGCAAAACAUUUAAUUUCAUGUUUUCACAGGUCAUGAAUAUUAAAAACUCUUGAAUCCAUCUCAUACCAGAA